AUGAACAAAUGUCAGCCAUGCCACCAAAACGGCGGCGCGAAGUGCUCAAUCUGCAGCGCCGAUUACAACUCCUAUGUCCGUCGUGUGGGACAUGGCAUACCGCGUUCAGGCUUAGAAAGAUGUAGUUACCAACGCCGACAAGUCCCUCUCGCCUUCCCACGCACCACCACAUUGCCACGUCCGUCCUUUCACUCCACCGUAAUCAACUCUUCAGCUCUAACAUCGUCAUCUCUCCCGUCGAUCACCAUCGCAGCAGCAAAGCCCGAACGUUCAUUUCAUCGCCACACGUUAGCAUGA